AUGUCAACUCCUGCUUUGUAUCCUACUAUAAAUACCCAAUCGAUCCGGGAUCCCAAGCACCAAACAACACAACCAUUAGCAACUCCUAAUAGUUGCCGGCCACUGCAAGUAGUUAAGCUUAGCUCCAAGGAGCUAGCAGAGAAGAAGCCCAGCUCCGUAAGGAGAGGAGAGGCAGAAAUGGAGGUGGAGGCCAGCGCUCAUGGUGACACGGCGGCGAGCAAGUUCACGCUGCCCGUGGACUCGGAGCACAAGGCCAAGUCCUUCAGGCUCUUCUCCUUCGCCAACCCACACAUGCGCACCUUCCACCUCUCGUGGAUUUCCUUCUUCACCUGCUUCGUCUCCACCUUCGCUGCGGCUCCGUUGGUGCCAAUCAUCCGUGACAACCUCAACCUCGCCAAGGCCGACAUCGGCAAUGCCGGAGUGGCGUCCGUGUCAGGGUCUAUCUUCUCCAGGCUGGCCAUGGGCGCCAUCUGCGACCUUCUUGGGCCGCGGUACGGCUGCGCCUUCUUGGUCAUGCUCUCGGCUCCCACGGUCUUCUGCAUGGCCGUCAUUGAUGACGCGUCGGGCUACAUCGCAGUCCGCUUCCUCAUCGGCUUCUCCCUCGCCACAUUCGUGUCGUGCCAGUACUGGAUGAGCACCAUGUUUAACAGUAAAAUCAUCGGCACGGUGAAUGGCCUCGCGGCCGGGUGGGGCAACAUGGGUGGCGGCGCCACGCAGCUCAUCAUGCCCCUCGUCUUCCAUGCCAUCCAAAAGUGUGGUGCAACACCCUUUGUGGCAUGGCGUAUCGCCUACUUUGUGCCGGGAAUGAUGCACAUUGUGAUGGGCUUAUUGGUACUCACAAUGGGUCAAGAUCUCCCUGAUGGCAACCUUGCAAGCCUCCAGAAGAAGGGAGACAUGGCCAAGGACAAGUUCUCCAAGGUCCUUUGGGGAGCCGUCACCAACUACCGGACAUGGAUCUUUGUCCUCCUCUAUGGCUACUGCAUGGGUGUCGAGCUCACCACUGACAAUGUCAUCGCCGAGUACUACUACGACCACUUCCACCUAGACCUUCGCGCCGCCGGCACCAUCGCUGCUUGCUUCGGCAUGGCCAACAUCGUUGCACGUCCUAUGGGAGGAUACCUCUCCGACCUUGGCGCUCGCUACUUUGGUAUGCGUGCUCGCCUUUGGAACAUCUGGAUCCUCCAGACAGCUGGCGGGGCCUUUUGCAUCUGGCUCGGUCGCGCCUCGGCCCUCCCCGCCUCGGUGACUGCCAUGGUCCUCUUCUCCAUAUGCGCCCAGGCUGCAUGUGGCGCUGUAUUCGGUGUCGCGCCAUUCGUUUCCAGACGUUCCCUUGGGAUCAUCUCUGGGCUCACUGGCGCUGGUGGCAAUGUGGGCGCGGGGCUCACACAACUUCUAUUCUUCACAUCAUCGCAAUACUCCACUGGGAGGGGUCUCGAGUACAUGGGCAUCAUGAUCAUGGCUUGUACGCUGCCUGUCGCUCUUGUGCACUUCCCACAGUGGGGCUCCAUGUUCUUCCCAGCCAACGCCGAUGCCACAGAGGAAGAGUACUACGCCUCCGAGUGGUCGGAGGAGGAGAAAAGCAAGGGUCUCCAUAUCGCAGGUCAAAAGUUUGCCGAGAACUCCCGCUCGGAACGUGGUAGGCGCAACGUUGUCCUUGCCGCAUCUGCCACGCCACCCAACAACACGCCACAACACGUAUAA